AUGACGUCGAAAAGAUAUUGUUCGACAACGGGAAUCAAAGGAUUUGGCACGGCAACUUGGAUCGUCGUGACGAUCUUUCUCCUUUUGAAUAUUCUCGGGACGAUGGAUUGCGCGCCUUACAGAAGAUCUCAUUUGAGAACACUGAGGUUGUGCUCGAAAAGGCUCAGCGACGCGUUGUACUUGGUGUGCAGCGAGCGAGGAUACAACGAACCCUUCUCCUAUAGCGGCGAAGAUGAGCCACGCGGUCCUACUGGCCCUGGACUCGUCGAAGAAUGUUGUUAUCAUUCCUGCAGCUACGUACAGCUCGAGCAGUACUGCAAGCCAACGUCCGAGGAGAAGCGGGGAGGUGCUUCGCCUUACACCAUCGGUGCAAAGACUCUUACCAUUUCUAUUGACAACGAUUGA